AUAAAAGUAAAAGUAAUAAAUUCCAUUCUGUCUGAAUGUAAAUCAUUGAUUUUAAAUGGAAAAUACUGCAUUUGGUCACUAAAGGUAAUUAAGUCAGGGUUGGAGGAACAGUGCCCCACAGGGGCGGACUGACAACUCAUGGGGCCCCCAGGCAAUAGGGGAGCAUGGGGCCCCGGUGUCCUUGCCCAAACUAAAAAAAAACCUAUGAAAAAGGUACCAGGGGCAUCUCAUGGGGCCCCCUACUGACCCCGGGCCCUUGGGCAGUGCCCGAGUUUCCAAAUG